CUAGGAUGGGCUGCAAUUCUCAUGGAGUCAUUCUCAGCGUUCCAAGUAACUUGAUGGUGAGGCUUUUUGGUGUUUUCUUGAAAACUUGAUUGGGAACAAUCCCAGAGAAUAAAUUCAAAUAAUCAAAAGUAGAAUUCUGCAGAUCCAAUUUGCAAUUUUCAUUACAAAAAAUAUCUCAUCGGAUCCAAUUUUACUUCACGUUUUCGUCAAGUCUUUUUGCUUUUGCUUGUGCUUGAAAUUGGUUGGAUUAUACACCUUUUGGAUGUGCAGGUGGAUUAGAGGGUAAUAAUUUCAUGGAAGGAGCUGGUGGUGAUGCUGCAUCUGCUUCGGUGCCUAUCGCUAAGUGGAGAAAUGAUUUUUCAAGGGCAUUUCAGUUCUAUUUGGAUCGAUCAACCCCUCAUCCGGUCCACAGAUGGCUCGGAACUCUUGCUGUAGCAUCAAUUUACGUGUUGCGGGUUUACUACGUUCAAGGUUUCUAUAUUGUGUCAUAUGGCCUUGGGAUCUAUAUAUUGAAUCUGUUGAUCGGUUUCCUAUCACCUAAGGUUGACCCAGAGCUUGAAGCCUUGGAUGGGGCUUCAUUGCCAACUAGAGGCUCAGAUGAGUUUAAGCCCUUCAUUCGCCGCCUUCCCGAGUUUAAGUUCUGGUAUUCUAUCACGAAGGCUUUUUGUGUGGGCUUUUUAAUGACAUUCUUUUCUGUAUUUGAUGUACCUGUUUUCUGGCCUAUACUACUUUGUUAUUGGAUUGUUCUAUUUGUCCUGACAAUGAAGCGCCAAAUCAUGCACAUGAUUAAGUACAAGUAUGUUCCAUUCAGCAUUGGAAAGCAGAGAUAUACAUCAAAAAAGUCUGCUGCAAGUAGCAGUGGAGUGACGAAAGACUGAAGCUCUUUCCAAUUGCAUUUAGGGAAGAAAAGAACAGGAGAACUGCGUUGAAGCUUUUGUUCUUUUUGUUUUUGUGAAUGCUUGUUUCUUGUCAAAAGAUGCAAAGUUUACAUAUAUGUUGAAGAUUUCUUCCUGUUUUGGAUAAAUGGGCAAUUCUAACUUGCAUAAGUGGGAUUCUCGCGUCUUACAAAUCUUGAGUUAGCUUGAUUUUAACCUCUGCUAUUAUACUUUUGGUGCACUUGGAGCUGAAUCUGGUUGAUGAUGGGAAUCAAAGGCAAAUAUAUUGAGUCGCCAAGUUGAACUAGAAGGGUAAAACCUUCCUUGUGUGGAAUUUUUUGGUAGGAUUCUUAUAUCUUGUUAAUGUGUAUAUCCUCUUGUAUAAAUCAUAGUGGUUAGCUUUUCUCCUUGGCACUUCAAAA